UUAAUUUCUCGUGUACACAGCGUUGGAGCAACAACAAUGGUGUUAAGUGACGGAAUGAAACGCCGAAACCUAAAAUUUUUGAGGAUUAAAUCUAAUUAAUUUAAAUGAAGUGAAAACUGUGUCUAUCUUUUGAGUAGAAAACCAGAAAAUGCACAUAAAAGUUUAGUGAUCGCAAAACGAAAUUGUGGGUUUGCGGGAAAAUGUGUGCGUGGCUAGACGGAGUACAGUGAGUAAGUUGUGAAAACGGGCACAAAUUUUCACACAGGAGUGGCAACAUGAAGCCGUCAAGAAUCGUAAAUUCAAUGUAGUGCUUGCUAUGAGUAUUUCCAGUUUUCGAAUUAUUAAUGUGGUUUUCUCGCACUAAAUUAUCGGCAAAAAAGGUUUUUACGUUUUGUUUUCGCAAGGACCAUUUGUUGAAGUCAACCACAAGCUUAAUAAAUACUUACAAAGUACAAGGAGUUAUAAUACGAGAGGCGUGAAUUUUCAUAUUAAAAAGUUUACUAAGAAAAAAAAAAGAAUGCAAAACGAAAAGUGAAAGCGAUUAAAAAGGGAAAUCUGCAUAAAUUGCUACUAUAAAAAAUUGCAGUUGUUAAAGGAAAAAAAGUAUAGGGGAAAAUUGUGGCGGGCUGGGCGGCACAACAGCUGCCACAAAGGCUUGGUACAUACACGUAUUUAAAAAAAUCGAAGUAGUUAAAGCAUUAUCGACCUAGAUUACUUCCGAUUGAUUCGCCGCGUAUCGUGUUGAAAAUUUUGGAUCUUUGCGACAAUCAUUGAAAGCAUUUAAAAAUGUCCAGCUGGGCGCGACGUGCAGCAGACAUUAGCAGCGUUGUCACUUCAUGCGGCCAUCCCGGCACUUCGGCGCCCGACUAUACCUAUCGCCUAGAAAAAGUGAAAUUUGGUGUAGCAUUGGAGGAGGUUUGCAAAAACAACGACAACAUUCCCGGGCCACUACUGGUUCUUAUACUUAAACUUAAUAAAGAAUCGCCCAAUAGGCGAGAUGUUUUUCGUGCACCCGGCCAUCAAGGCGCUAUGAAAAAACUGAUUCACUUCCUGCAAUCAGGUCGAUUAGUGAAUGUUGACAACUAUUCCGUUUAUACUAUUGCCAGUGUAUUGAAAAAAUUUUUGCGUAAAAUACCUAAUGGAAUUUUCGGGCGUUCAGGCGAGAAGGAAUUGUUUGACAUAAUUGAGCUGGAAAAUGAAACGGAGCAGAUAGAGCGUUUGCAUAGAUUAUUUACAUCACUGCCGAAAUACACUCAACGUUUACUAGUUUUACUAUUUGGUACAUUCCGUGUUAUUGCCAGCAAUGCAACUCAAGCUAGCACUGGCAUGACCAGUGAGGCACUGGGCGUUUCCGUGGCACCCAGUUUCUUUCAAUCGUGCGUUAGUGAUGGGAAAACCGCUCGUAUGGAGGAUGUUCUUAAAUUCAAGGUGGCCACAAAAAUUAUGAAGCAGAUAAUCGAUAAAUUUGCUACACAUGAUUUGUUUGGGCGCGAAAAUUAUGAAUACUAUGCGAGAGUUACUGGGCGUAUUCUAAAAGUGCAGGAUGAAUGGAUUUGCAGCUUUCAGUAUCCACCUCCACCACGUGGUAAAUUGGCUCAACAAAAAUAUGCACUACAACACUCCCUGGAGGCAGAGAAGACAUGGCUGCAGUGUCAGUGCGAGCGGUGGGGUUUGCUUGCCCAGGAAGAAUCUCGCUCCACGCCUGCCUUGCUAACCAGCUCAAGCUCAGCUUUAGAAAACAGCGUGCUUUCAUUGGGCGUAACACCAGAACAUUCUUUUAUUGAAUCAUGUGCACGCCUAUCUGUCUCCUUAGAAGGUCCGAGCCUAUUCGCCUUGACAUCUUCGCCGAUACCGAAACGAAACAUGCAGGAUUUUCAACGUGACACCGAUAAUGAUGCUGAUGCCGAUGAAGAAAAUUUCGGCGACGUAGAUGCUGAUGCCGAAGCCGAUGCCGAUGCCGAUGACGACGAAGAAGAAGACUUCGCCGCUGAACUUGAAAUAAGUAACGAGGACGACGAUUUAGAAAACAAUCUGAAAACUGACUUUCCACGUAAGACUGUGCAAAGAAACUACAGAACAACAACAACAACUACAACAGCGCCAGGUAAUAAUCGCCAGCCAACCCAUAAUAACGCUGCUUUAAACACCACUUACACCAUUGAAGUGGACAGCGUUGAUGUUGCGGACUCGAAUGAUGAUGAAGGUGACGACGAAGUGACCGUAGUAAGGCGUCGCUAUCGUCAGAAUAAAAAGAAAAUACUAACCCAAACGCGUAUGCAACAUCAGCGGCGCCUGCGUGCCGGCUCCAAGAGUCUUGAUGGUGGCGAUCGUGCACCACAAACAACACCCAUGAACAGCGAAGUAGUAUGCGAAAGUAGUAGUAAAAUGAAAAACAACAAAAUGCAAAGCAGCAAGACGAGUGCACAAAUUACUGGUGAUGGCGGUGGCGGUAGCAGUAAAACGAUGAGAACGCGCACUUGCAGCCGCUGCAAUCGCGGUAUACGUCAUUCAUCUUCGUGCUCCUCAGCUUCUGGAGGAGGAGGAGGAGGUGGUGGUGUUGGCGGCGUGGGAAGUGGUAGUGGCAUGACUAUGGAAGAAUUGCGCGCUGUCAAUCGCUAUGCCGAAAGCACAAAGAGUCUUUCAUAUUUGCCACAGGUCCAUGAACGUCAAACUGCACGCAUGCGCACACGUUCCGAAUGGUUUUUGGGCCCUAUGGAUAGCGAAUUGACACUGCAUUUGCCCAACACAUGCAGCAAUUGUUGUCUGGCUGCAGUUCAAAAGCAGCAGCAGCAACAGCAACAACUACAGCAGCACCAGCACUUUCAAACGCACGGUUAUCUGGGCGGUGGCAGCACACGCGACAUGCGCGCACAUCGUGACGUCUUUGCCGCCGAAGAUGACGAUGAGAAUAGUUUGGUGGUUAGUGGCAGUGGUGGUGGCCGCAAUGGCAAUGCUCUCUAUUUAUACUAUAAGAAACGACUGCAACAACAAAAACAAAGGAAUGUUACACAGCAGCAGCAAAUGCAUGCUGAACAUAUGGACACAGACGACAGCUGCAAUUCAUAUGAUCCAAAACAACAAAAACAAGUACAACAGCAUCUACAAGUUGAUGCCACCACAAACCUAUAUCUUGGUGGAGCACAGGCAACGGAACGGCGUUUAUUAGAGCCAACAUCAACCAUUGCGGCUGCACAUAAUGGCUGUGGGCGGCGCGUGUAUUUGGAUGCGAGUACAACAACCAAUAUCGGUAGCUAUGUUACCUCAUAUAAUUCUACUAAUAACAAUUAUAUAUAUGAUUCUAAUGAUACAACAACUAAAGCAUCUGCUUUCACUACAACUACAACUACAAGUACUUCUACUUCUAUUACUACUCCUACUACUACUACUACUACCACUACCACUACUCUACAAAGCAAUCCAUUUUCCACUAUUACCAAACUUUGUUUCGAUACCAGUCACAAAUCUAACAGUAGUAGGGGAAAUACUUGUAAUUAUAUAGAGAAUGCUAUGUAUAACAGUUCUAACAUUGUAAACAAUAACACUAACUGUACAUUGUUAGCAAGUAGUCGCCAAAAUCUAAGCAAUUCGUCUAACACUAAAUAUUCACAUUAUAAACAUUCAGCGUCAAAAUCAACGGCGACACGAUAUGAUCUACACCCACGCAAUCAUUACAUCCGCUCACAUACAAGAAACAUGCAAUCGCCUUCAUAUUUGCAUCCACAUUCACAAACACAUAGUCAUCAACGCCAACAUCCGGAGCAGCGACGUUGUUCAAUGCUGCCCAGUCACUACCAUUCGACCGAUUCCGUGCGUUAUUGUGACGUAGACUUAGAUGUUGAAAUUGUAACUGAGCCGCCAAUGCCCUCGUCGUCAUCGUCACGCUUGUACUACAGUCCGCGUAAGCAAUUAUUUGCGGCUAGACGCUGUAAUUCCACCAUUGAUCUUUACAAAGCUGAUUGUUGUAAUGGCGAAGGUGACAACGGUGCUGGUGAUGGUGAUGAUAGUGACGAGCACAGCAGUGAUAUCGAUCAUAAUUACCUAACAUAUUCCUUGCCCAAUGAUCACAACAAUGAGGCCGAUUUCGAUGCAUUUGAGGUGUCGGCAAUAACGCAGCAUCAGCCAGCAUCUUGUGAAUCAUAUGCCGCCGAUUCAACAGGUUUUUUGAGUGCAGUUGAUACUUCUGUAGCGACAAUCACUACAAGUGACGCUGGACGUGUUUUGCCACUUGGAGCGCGCGAAGAAGUCGAUUACAUUCAUACAUCCCGUUAUAGGCAGAGUACACCGCGUGUGCACCGUCGCCAACAACAGAUGCGACGCCGGCAGCGUUUAGCUUCUACAUCGACGCAGUAUCAGUCGUUGAACUCAACCAAUGCUAACAGCCUACUUACGACGGCGGGCGGUGGCGAGAACGGCAGUGGCAGCGGCAGUAACGCGCGCAUUGAAAGCGGCAGCCAUUUCGUUACAAUCAUCUUCAAUGUUUUAGACUUCUUAUUUUAAUUAUAAUUUUAAGUAAUUAAAAUUAAUUAUUC